CCUUCUGAGUCUAGGGGAUGAUAGACCGAAAGUGCUUGCUGCAACCCAUUUCUACGGUAAAUUUCUCCAAGCAUGCGUUGAAACUCGAGCUCAAGUUUAUAGAGCUUUGUGAACUUGGCUAUUUAGAGCCGCGCCCUCAACUUGCUUUCGGCCAUAUGGAAGUUCACCUCGACCCUGAAGCGAAUGAAGCUGAGGACCAAUUGGCUUACCUAUAUAAGUAAGAUGGAAGGGAAACGGCGAGAUGAAGAUGAUUGUUGAUUAUUCCUCCCAAACGUGUAGUUUUCGUCCGGGCCCGAGCAUGUCGAGCUUUGGAACAAGCUGUGCUGCGAUGAACGGCAUAGAUAUGGCCGUCAUUGAGCGAGCAGAAGAAUUCAUCAGACUGGCGGCACGCGGCGACGACCUUGUCUUGGCCUGCACAGGCCUUACAGAGCAAGAGGAGUUGGAAGUUGAGGCUGCUGACGAAAUAGCUCGGAUGUUUCUCGAGCUAGACCUUCCGGACCCGGCUACAGAAGAAUGUCAGACUGUCAGGGUCAUGCUAGAGAGCAUUGUUACCGGAAGUUGACUCUUGAGAUCACGCGCCAUAAGCUUAAUGAAUGUAUGAGGAUUCGAUGAGGGGGAAAGAA